UGCCGAAGAAAGAGCACUCCAAGUGAACUAAAGGGAGUAUCUGGUAACUUACUUUUCUCUGGUAAAUUUCUGUGCUCACUCCAGGGGCCAGUGUACAGUUGUAUUUGCUGUGCUGACCCAAGUCCUAGAAGCUCUUUUACAGAUCCCACCCAGUGUCUCCUCCCCUUGGCCUUACCCUACCUUCUACUGUAAGUACCAUUUCUGACCUCACAAUCCUUUAGCUGCAGCCUCAGGCCCCACCCCUUACACAUGCUCACCAUACUUAACUACCAAAAGUGCUCUCCUGUCUGCCCAGGCUGGGCCUCCUUCAACUUAUGAGCUACACCUGGCUCUUCGGUCACCCAACCCUAUGGGCAACCUCAGGCACCUAGGGCCUCCAGAACACCCUCCUUCUUCAUGAUUCACCAGGGGAACUUUGAAGAGUGAGAUGAUCCUGAUAGCAUGUUUAUCUACAUUAAACAUGGAGAUAAUCAAGAGUUUCUAGUCAACACCAAUUGCUCGGUUCUCCUGUUACUACAUUACAUCCGAAAGAAAAUGGGGUUGCGUAAAACAGACACCAUUGAUUUGUGCGAUGAAACUGGGACCAUGAAGUUACUUUUCUUGUCAAAGACACCUGGGGACUAUGCCAGCAAAUUCCUUACAGCUCGAAGUAUCUACUACAUUUGUAAAGUAGAGCGUGGAGCACCAGGUAGAGGUAUGAGAAUCGAGAAUUCCUACAAAGCUGUUGUGCCUCUCUUGAAGAAUCCAGAGCCGGAACUAGUUGAGUCCCUGCGCACACAAUGUGACUUCCUGGAGAGAAGCCGAAUAAAGAUGCUUCGAACUCUAGAAGCUAAGAGACUGGCAGCCAUGGAAUCCUCUACAAAUCUCACAGCAAGAUCCUCCAAGAGUAGUGCCCAGCAGAGCACUAGUCCAAGUAGCCAAAUGAAGUCUAAAGCCGGACGAUCAGAUGAAGAUGGGCCACCUCCCACCCGCAGACCAUUCUACAAGACUAGAGCAGACUUUCUCAAGAGACAUCGUUAACUCAAUAAAGUGACCAACUGAGAGCAGCAACUACCGAGGGAGAGCAUGACGUUACUGGAAUUUAACGUGAGCGGUCUUUUUUCUAGAAAGACUCCUUCUCCCAGUCUCUGCACAAAGGCUUCAGUAGGCUGCAGGCACCAGGGAGGCUGAGUGAGGGUGGACCGGAGCAACAACAGAGGGCUGGAGUGAGCACUUGGGUGGGGGGGUGGUGGUGAGGAAAGACUGUGAAGUCUGGUUACUAGACUUUUAGUACAAUGAGCCUUUGAGGGCCCGAGAAGGGGGUGGGGUCUUCUCAAACCAGACUACCUCCCCUCGGGGGAGGCCUAUCUUGCAGCCGCCUACUCCUGCUGGGGUUAGG